AUAUUCACUUUUCAAUGCUUCUGAAAUAUUGGUGUUAGCUUUUGAUAACCGGAGGAGUUAUCAGGAUUCAUGCCAUUUCUGACUUUCAGGAAUUCCUCUUGAGGAGUGUUAUUGUGUUGCCAAUGAUGACAUCAAAGCCUGACAAGAAGAUGCCUGAUUUAACUGAGAUGAACCACAAUUCCUCAGAUGAGUCACACCCCACUAGUGCUUACAGCAGCUGUCCAACUUCAGGCAACAACUCACCAACUCAUCCCACCAAAAACAUGGACCAAGCAGCACCAAAAGAAGGCUUAGGAAGUGAAACUGGACACCUGGACCCGCAGGUUUCCAAGCCUGAUGCAAAGUUGGAAGGCAAAUCAAGACCCCAGAAGCUAAUGCCACCAAACAGGAACAUAUCUGACUCCAACACUCUGCACCAAAGUCCAAGCACAAUGAAGUCAAACUCCAAUUUUGACCACCAUGCAAAGGGAUUGCCUACUCCUACCCGCAGUGCUCCAGGGAGUGGCACAAGCUCUCGCUGUGACAGCUUAGAGAGCACAAGUGCACCAAUUAGACCACACACUGGGGGUGAUGUGAGGUGGGAAGGCAUCAACAUGGUUUCAAGGGGUGGCCCUAUGAAUCUGAGCCACUUCAGGCUCCUAAAACGCAUUGGUUAUGGAGACAUUGGAAGUGUGUACCUUGUGGAACUGAAAGGGACUAGGACCUACUUUGCAAUGAAGGUGAUGGACAAGGCUGCUCUCAUAAGCAGGAAUAAGCUGCUGAGGGCACAGACAGAAAGGGAGAUUCUUGGACUCCUUGAUCACCCCUUCCUCCCCACUUUGUAUUCUUACUUUGAAACUGAUAAGUUUUACUGUUUGGUCAUGGAGUUUUGUAGUGGGGGGGAUCUUCAUUCUCUUAGACAGAAGCAACCUAACAAGUGUUUCACUGAAGAAGCUGCAAGGUUUUAUGCAACAGAGGUUUUGUUAGCUCUGGAGUAUCUGCACAUGCUUGGCAUUGUAUACAGAGACUUAAAGCCAGAGAAUCUUUUAGUCAGAGAUGAAGGGCACAUCAUGCUCUCAGAUUUUGAUUUGUCCCUCCGCUGCUCCGUCUGUCCUACACUAGUCAAGUCUUCAUCUGCCCACGCGAGCAACAAUGGUGGUAGUGGUGGCAAUGAUUCUGGAGGUAUACUAAACGAUGACCAAGCAACGCAGAGCACUGCUCAAGCAUCAAGUUUUUUCCCGCGGAUUUUGCCUUCAAAGAAGAACCGCAAGGCAAAGUCAGAUUUCGGCCUACUGGUCGGCGGGGCACGGCUGCCUGAACUGAUGGCAGAGCCUACCAAUGUGCGUUCAAUGUCAUUUGUGGGGACACAUGAGUAUCUUGCUCCUGAGAUCAUCAAAGGAGAGGGUCAUGGUAGUGCAGUAGACUGGUGGACUUUUGGGAUCUUCUUGUAUGAACUGUUGCAUGGAACAACCCCUUUUAAGGGUGCAGGGUAUAAAGCCACACUCUUCAAUGUUGUUGGACAGCCACUUAGGUUCCCAGAAACUCCCCAAGUCAGUGCUGUGGCUCGUGACCUUAUUAGAGGGUUGUUGGUAAAAGAGCCUCAGAAGAGAAUUGCAUACAAAAGAGGUGCUACAGAGAUAAAACAACACCCAUUUUUUGAGGGAGUGAACUGGGCUCUAGUUAGAAGUGCCACCCCUCCCCACAUACCAGAUGCUAUAGACUUCUCCAAGUAUGCUAGCAAAGACACACCACCACCAGUGGACAAGAAGAUGGCAGACAUUGCCAAUGAUAAAAACAGCAAAAAUGCUAAUUCUGAUUCUUACAUGGAUUUUGAGUAUUUUUAGUAGUAAAAGUCAUAUAUUCGGAUAAGAAUAUACCUUUUUGACAAGAAUAUAUUGUACAAAGUGUCACCUCCACCUCCUCUUUCUCUCAAGAAAACUGAAGAUAUCUCUGAGAAAUAUACAUUGUAAACA